GCGACCCUUGGGCUAUUUUUCGCUAAUCCACUACCUUGAAGACCGUGUAGCCACAAUGGCAGUGCGGUUAAAGCAUUUACUUGCAGUUCCGGUCCCUCAUUAUCAACUUAAUUAUUCUCAACGACCCGCCUCUUUUGCAAAGAAAUCCCAUUCCCAGUCCAGAUUAUCUGCAAGCAAAAUGGCAACCAGUGGAAUUGAUCGAACAGCUCCUUCUCCCACUAAAAUUAUAGAUUCACAUUUGCAUGUAUGGGCAUCUCCUCAAGAGGCUGCGGAUAAAUAUCCUUACUUUCCUGGCCAAGAGCCCACUUUGCCCGGAAACGUUGAUUUCUUACUUGAGUGUAUGGAAGAGGGGGGCGUAGAUGGUGCACUGAUUGUACAGCCCAUUAAUCAUAAGUUUGAUCAUUCUCUGGUGACAAGUGUCCUGAAGAAGUACCCAACCAAAUUUGUUGGUUGCUGUCUUGCAAAUCCAGCAGAAGAUGGAAGUGGGGUUAAGCUGCUUGAACAUCUCGUUUUAAAGGAUGGCUAUGGAGCUGUUCGCUUUAACCCAUAUUUGUGGCCAUCUGGUCAACAGAUGACAAAUGAAGUCGGGAAGGCAAUUUUUUCCAGGGCAGGAGAACUUGGAGUGCCAGUUGGUUUCAUGUGUAUGAAGGGUCUCAGUCUGCAUGUUUCGGAGAUUGAGAAACUCUGUACAGAAUUUCCAUCAACAGUUGUUUUGCUUGAUCAUUUGGCAUUCUGCAGGCCACCAUUAAAUGAUGAUGAAAGCCUGGCCUUCUCUGAGCUUUUAAAGCUAUCUAGAUUCCCACAGGUCUAUGUAAAAUUCAGUGCGCUUUUCAGGGUGUCAAGAAUGCCAUUUCCAUAUCAGGAUUUAUCCCACCCAUUGUCCCAAAUCGUAUCCAGCUUCGGUGCUAACCGUGUCAUGUGGGGCAGUGACUUCCCCUUUGUUGUUCCCCAAUGCGGAUAUAAAGGAGCAAAAGAUGCGGUGACCCAUAUUGCCAAUCAAGUUCCCUUAUUAUCUUCUGAAUUAGAGUGGAUAAUGGGUAAAACAGUCAUGCAACUCUUCCAAGGCCAAUGGCUUCAGUCUUAAAACAAUGUUUUGGUUUGGAUCAUUGAACACUAGUUAUUUAGUCUGGAGAAGAUAGAAAUCUUCAGCGUUGUUUGUCACGUAAUUCUAACCUAAAACUACCUAUUUUACUGUAUAAUUUUCACGAGUCUCCA